AUGAAUUGUAGGGGUCUACCCAAAGUUGGACACUCUGAAUCACGCUCCUUUUUUAUAUGUCAUUUACACUCGCAAGGAAUUGAUAUUUUAGUCCUGCAAGAAACCUAUGCCUCAUCAUCUAUGUUUCAUUCUACCUUUGACCAACAAUUUCGGUCCUCUUCAUUAUUAUGGUCUCCACACUGCGGUGUUGUAUGCCUUUCCCCUCACAUUAUCUUCACUGACCCUCUAUUUAAACCAUGUGGCAGGAUAGGCGUCAUCUAUGUGUCUACUUCCCAAACUCUACGUUAUUGUUUUCUUGCCUCUUUGCUGUCCACUUCUGACUUCAUCCCUCCCAAUACUUCAAACUUUAUUCUAUUGAGCAAUUUUAAUCAUGCAAUUCACUCACACUAUGCUCUCGGACGUCGUGCUCCAGCUGACUGGCUACAGUUUAUAGAUAUCAAUAUGACUGACUGUAUCACUCUUCGUGGCCAGCACCCACUGCCUACGUUCUACCAAUCCCUGUCUUCCACUACCAUUGACUACAUCUUUGUGUUCUCAGACCUUCACCCUCGCACUACAGACCCACAAGUGAGCUAUAUUCACUAG